AUGGCCUCGUCAACCAAGAUCCCUCUUCGACCGUCUCCGGCCACACAGCGCCUUCGAGACCUCCUGGCAGAUCCUGAGCACAUCGUCGUGGCUCCAGGCGUGUAUGAAGGCAUCUCAGCGCGCAUUGCUCUAUCACUUGGCUUUGAAGCCUUGUACAUGACAGGAGCAGGAACGUCCAUGUCUCGUCUGGGCUACGCCGACCUCGGCCUGACAACGCAACACGACAUGGUAUCUCAGGCCGAGACGAUCGCCAACAUCUCGCCUUCGACGCCCCUCAUCGCCGACGCCGACACGGGCUACGGCGGACCCGUGGCCAUCGCGCGCACCGUGUCCAAGUACGCCCGGGCGGGCGUGGCGGCCCUGCACAUCGAAGACCAGGUGCAAGAGAAGCGCUGCGGCCACCUUCUGGGCAAGGAGAUCGUGGCGCGCGAGGUCUUUUACUCGCGGAUCCGGGCCGCCGUCAACGCCCGGCGCGACCUGGGCCUGGACAUCCUGAUCGUCGCGCGCACCGACUCGCGCCAGAGCUACGGGUUCGAAGAGGCCCGCAACCGGCUCCUGCGCGCCGCCGAGAUUGGCGCCGACGUCGUCUUCCCCGAAGCCCUGACGUCGACGUCCGAGCUGGCCGAGAUGGUGCGGGCCAUGCGCCGCACGCCGUGCCUGCUCAACAUGGUCACCAAGGGCGUCACCCCCGAGUUGUCCGUCGACCAGGCCAAGGAGCUCGGGUUCCGAAUCGUCAUUUUCCCGAUCGCCGGGUUUGGCGGUGCCAUCAAGGGCAUCACCGAGUCUCUGGCCACUUUGAAAUCCACCGGUCGCGAACCAGAAGACCUGAUUGGUGUAAAGCAGGCCUUUGAACUGUGCGGGUUGAACGAGUGUAUUGAACUUGACAAGCGGGCCGGGGGGAAGGCACUAGCUGGUUUGGAAUGA